AAUCGCCGACUAUCUAUGUCUCUCCCCGUCACGACUCUCGACCCCCAUCUUUACUCAGAAACGAACUCGGAAACAAUGAAAAGUGGCAGAGAAGGUAUGGCGGGUGGUUGCAGCAUCAGGGCUAUGUGGAUUCUCAACAAUCAGGACAUCGUCGUCUUUUCCAGGAGGUUUUCUGUGGUGGAGCGGCGUUGGCGGGCCGCCUGCACGUCCGAGAACGUCAGUGCGGCCGGUGAUGCUGAUGAUGUUAAACACGAUGUACUGCCGUUGCUUCCUACUGAUUCGGAGUUGGCUGCUGCCUUUUCCGAUCGCAAAAAGAGAGAGGGGUCUGCUCGGGGAUUUGGCAUACGUAUACAUCAGUCAGCUGAAGGAUCCGAUUCAUGGGUUGAUGAUCCAAUUACGCGCCAUAUUUUAGGCCUGUAUAUCAACAAAGAAGAGGAAGGAGGGAAAUAUCUGUUGUGGCCAUUGAUUUUGCACAUAAAAAGUCAUUUUUGCAUCGUUGUAUUGCCUCUAGUUGAACCUUUUCAUCUAAGAGAAUAUGCAAGAUUAGGUAAACGAUCUGAUUGUGGAAAUGCUGUUGGAACGGAUGGCAGUGUAUCUUCCUUCCUCCUUGAUCUACCAUCCAUCACAGGGGCCUUCAUGGUGUCACGUGCUAUAGGGGACAUAGUUAUGGGGGAUGUUUCAGAACCUGAGGUGGUUGUUAGUGCUUCUCCAGUAGGGGGCUUGUUGGAUUCUCUGACUGGCAGUAUUGGGAUAUCAGGUAUUUCUGCAAGGCCAAAACCUGUAGCAGCACCAGUUGCAGCUUCUGCCACUUUGGGUGCUGCUAUAGGUGGGGCCGUUGCAUCAGAUUCUCCAAAGAUUGGUUCAAGGUCACUGGACAAAGAUGCACUUCGAACUUUUAUUAGUAGCUCAAUGCCUUUUGGUACACCCUUGGAUCUCAGCUAUUCCAAUAUUUCUGCUAUCAAGCUUUAUGGCUUUGCUUCCUCGGAUUUGCCCCCAGCAGACAGAAAGCAGCCUGCAUGGAAACCAUAUCUCUAUAAAGGGAAGCAGAGAAUUAUUUUCACCAUUCACGAGGCAGUUCAUGCUGCAAUGUAUGACCGGGAUGAUCUCCCUGAUACUCUAUCGAUUUUUGGUCAAGUGAAUUGUCGGGCAGAAUUAGAAGGAUUGCCUGAUGUUUCUUUCCCCAUGACUGGGUUGGACAUGGCUCGCAUUGAGGUUUUAUCAUUUCAUCCUUGUGCCCAAGUUCCUGAACCAAGAUUAGAUAAGCAGGUUGUGGUGUUUUCACCACCUCUAGGUAAUUUUGUUUUGAUGCGUUACCUCUCAUCUCGUGGCAUUGGGCCUCCAGUGAAAGGAUUUUAUCAGUUGUCAAUGGUCUCAGAAAAUGAAGGGGCCUUUUUAUUUAAGUUACGCUUGAUGGAUGGUUAUAAAUCUCCUCUAACAAUGGAGUUCUGCACCGUGACCAUGCCUUUUCCUAGGAGAAGGGUGAUUUCAUUUGAUGGAACACCUUCUAUUGGAACAAUUUCAAUGUCUGAUUACUUGGUCGAGUGGAAAAUUAUAGCAAGUGGAAGGGGAAUUGUGGGGAAAAGCAUUGAGGCAACUUUCUCGGGAACAGUUAAAUUUGCGGCAUGGCAAACACAGAAGUUGCUUUCCUCUGGUUCUGUCUUGGGUAGUGUAGCUGAUGAAGAUAGUGAUACAGAAACAGAGACCACUAAUAAUGUGGUAAAUGUGGAGGAUUUUUUAAUGGAAAAAAUGAACAAAGACCUCCCACCAGUUGACCUUGAGGAGCCAUUUUGCUGGCAGGCAUACGAUUAUGCUAAGGUAUCUUUCAAGAUUGUAGGGGCAUCAUUAUCUGGAAUGUCGAUUGAUCCUAAAUCUGUGACCAUCUUUCCAUCUGUUAAAGCACCUGUGGAGUUUUCAACUCAGGUUACUUCUGGAGAUUAUAUACUGUGGAAUACCUUGGGGAAAUGUCCGUCUGCUGCCACACCCACACCAGAACAGUAAGGGAAGUAUACGAAACAGUCUAAUCUGCUGAAGCCCAGAUGCUUCGGCUGCCUAAUCGACUCAUCUAUGCUGUUCUCAAAUAUUUCUCGGUUGGGCCCCGGAGGAUUGCGCUAUCUUGGCUCAUUACUCCAAUCAUUAUUAUCAGCUUGAAUUUAGUUUUGCAGAGGAAGUCUUGGAAAAAAAAAAAAAAAAAGAUGUAAUAAAUGUCCCCUCUUCUUUUGUUGGAAUAAGAUUGCUUUGAGAUCCGUUUGAUGUUUAAUUUGCUCAUAAAAAUAAUCUACACGCAGCUUUUGGCCUACUUGACAUGGGGUUGGUGUCGAUUGUAUUUGGUGGAAGAUCAACUAUGUUAAAAGCUUAAAUGCUUUUGAAGCAAAUGUGAUGAGCCCUUAUUGCGAUUCAUUUUUUUAAAA